CACAAAGAUGGCGUCCGCUGUGCGGGUCGGGGACGGCUUCGAGCCGCGGCUCCGCGCUCUGCUCCGGGACUGGGACCGGGACGACAGCUCCGUCGCUCAGGACGCGCGCUCGCAACUCGAGGCCUGUCUGGCCGGCGGCCCCACGGUCUCCUUCGACGCCCUCCGGACACUGCACGGCUUCUUACGGGCGAAAGGUUUUCCUGUGUAUCUACACGAACUUCUCGAAGGAGCUGAACUAUUCGUACCAGAGGUGAAGGCACCAGAACGGAACCCGGAGCUGGUCGCCCGACUGGAGAAGAUAAAAGCAAAACUGGCAAAUGAGGAAUACAAGCGCAUCACAAGGAAUGUCGACUGCAAGCAGAUGAACCGUUUUGGUACUUUGGGAAAUUUGGGACGAGAAGUGAGAUCGGUGAAGGCAGUUGUGGUGACCAUCUUUAAUUUCCUUCUAACGGUGGUGGCCUCAUUUGCCUGUGCCUACAUUGGCAGCCAGUAUAUUUUCACAGAGACAGCAGCGAGAGUGCUGUCGGCUGUGAUUGUGGCCUCGGUGGUGGGUUUGGCUGAACUGUAUGUGCUGGUGAGGACCAUGGAAGGGGAGCUCGGAGAGAUGUAGCGCUGGUACAACUCAUAUUACAGAAAAAUUCAAAUGUUUUCCUUAGGCCCUGUUUCACAACAUGGAAACUGUUGGAACAGUGAUCGUUCUUACACUGGAACCUUUCUACUGGAUGUUUUUUCUAAAGUAUGAUGGACUUGGACUUUGUGUUAAUAUGUAUUGAGAGAUGUGUAUUUUCUGUCAGAAAAAAUAUGAAAUAUUUUGUCUGUCUCUGUAAAAAAAAAAUAUAUUUUUGGAACAGUUAUAGGAUCAUGCUCACUAAGUUGUAACUGUUUCAGUGUUAAUAGGUUAACCAGCGUCCUGUCAGCUCAAUUGAUAACUUCUGCAUAAGAGUCCUGUAGUGUAGUAGUUAGAGCACCCGCCUCGCAAGUAAGAGGAACCAGGUUCAAUUCCCGGGUGGGGCGAAACCUUAGGCAAGUCUCCUUACUCCAUGCACCUGUUUACCUAGCAGUAAGUAGGAACCUGGUUGUUACGACAAUUGGUGGAUCACUAUCCUGGGGUAAUAAUCCCUUCAAUAAUAAAUAAUAAUUUGGUCACUCAA